ACACACACACACACGUUUGUACAAAUACAAGUCUGUUAAAUACAGAUGCAAGGGAAUGUAUGGCAGAAGAGGUAAGAUAUGUUGGAUAAAUAUAAAUAGACUAAGCUGUGUAUUGCACAUAAUUAUUACUCAAUGGGGCAGUUUUAACUGUUAGAUGGGAUGGAUAGCCUGAGGGGAAAAACUGUUCCUGUGCCUGACGGUUCUGGGUAGGGUUGCACCAUCUGUGUGCAAGUUCUCACGUAAGUUGGGACGUAAAGUUCACACUAAGGGCUUAGUAACUACUAGUUAGUUUAUAACUAAGUCAGUGCUUAAUUUGGUUGCACCACCUGUUCUUAAGGCAAGACUUAACUAGUAGGUCGUAAGCUCUCCGUAAAGUGAUCCGUAGUCACAUAAUAUGACGUUUACCUGUAUCGAUCCAAUAAGCAGCCUUCAAUUUUGUACACCAAAGUGUUAAAAAGCCGUGAAUUUGAUCUAGUUAUGGUUGAUGUUCAAAUCUUGUUUGCUCAUGUAACUGUCAGCUGUAAUAAAUGAUAUUCCCAUUAAAAUAUGAUACGUAAUAAAAGUAGAUUUGAUAAAUAUAUUUGCCCUGUGUAAAUAACUAUAUAUAGGAACUAUCUAAAAUAAAUAAGGGGUGAUAAAUAAAUACUAAUACAACAGGCUGGAAAAAUAGACAUUUAUUCAUUUUAAUAUCCUAUAAAUAUUUUGAAUGUGUUGAAAAUUGACACCGGGCGACGCACCCUGAAAACUGCACCGUUUGAACGGUUUCAUGCUGAAGAGAUGCUUAAAAGUACGUUUUUUUCUCUCGUAAAUGUAAACGAGUGUAAACGUCAGCAUCGUACUAUAUGUCGAAAUGAUUGAUGCCUGUCACGCAAAACAUAAGUUCAUUUAUGUCAUAAAAUAUUAGUCUGCUUUUUUAUUCCAUUCUUUACUCAUGGUGGGAGGCUUCUGUAAAUAUUUAGUUUAUACGUAGGGUUACGUCCUACCUAAGUUUAGUGGUGCAAUGCUCAAAUAUUUAGUAGUGCAUAAAUUGUGACUUAAUGGCCAUUUAUGCCACAACUAGGCUAAGUUUUAACUUGCGCACAGCUGGUGCAACCGGCCCCUGGUGCUCUGUAGCGUCGGCCAGAAGGCAACUGUUCAAAAAAGGUAGUGGGCUGGGUGAUUGGGGACCAGAGUGAUUUUUCCAGUCCUUUUCCUCUCUCUGGAAGUGUACAGUUCUUGAAGGGACCAACCAAUUUAUUUAUUAUUUAUUUAUUUCCAAAGGUGAUGUUUCAUAAGCCAUGCUGAAUGGGAGAUCUGUGUGUUUGUUUACUAUGCACUGCUAAGAAAUUGAGAAUGCUCUCUGACAAGAACAGAGAGUAACAUGGGUUUAUUUUUUUGCCAAGAUGAAACAAGAUGCAGUUUUGGUGCAAAGAAAGUUGAAGCAGCAUUUUCCUGGCGUAUUUCUUCUCUCUGCUAGUUGUGUAAGUUUUGUGGAGGCGUGUCAGAUGGCGCCCAGGACUGUCCGUUCCAGCGCCUGAUCUCUCAUUAAUUUUGCCUGUGCAACAGUGUGUGAUUAAACAAUGGCAAAAUGCGAUAAACGGUAAAACUGUACAUGCUCAAAACCAACGAGUUUAUGAAAAUCGUAAUUAAUUAUAAUAUGUCAUCAUUUAUUGCCAGCCUGUAAUAUAAAGCAGCAUAAUGUAGUAUUUUUGCAUAGCUAUAAUUAGAGCCCGACCGAUAUGGGAUUUUUGAGACCGUUACCGAUUUUAGAGGGGGAAAAUUCACCGAUUACCGAUAUGGUGGCCGAUAUAGUUAAUUUUAGAGCUGGAAUGAAAACAGACCUUUUCCAUGUGGAUUUUUCACCGAUUUUGCACCGAUAAGACUAAGCAAAGGUACUCAGAAGUCUGCUUUCUUAAAUAUUUUUAUCAAAGAAUAUUUGACAUUAUACAUUGUCAACAAAUCCUAGAAAUGAACACUGAGAAAAUAAAGAAUAAAUAAAAAUACAAUAAAUAGCUUAAUAAUCAUCAGUACUGUUUAGUAUCAGUCAGUUGCUGACCAUUUAAAUAAAGAAUAAAUAAAAAUACAAUAAAUAGCUAAAUAAAAAUCAGUACUGUAUGUUCAGUAUAGUCAGUUGCUGACCAUUAAAAUAAAGAAUAAAUUCAAAUAAAAUAAAUAGCUAAAUAAACAUCAGUACUGUUUAGUAUUAAUCAGAUGCUGACUAUUUUAAUACUGCCAGUUAAUUAGGGGCAGGUUGUAAAAAAAAUAAGCACAGUUUCUCGGCAUUUACACCUGUCGAGUCAAGAAAUAAAUAGUGGAAGUGGUGUUACACUGUAUUCUGCUAUACAAGUUCAGGGGAAACUUUCAACGGUGGAAAACCAGACUUAUAAAUAUUACAUUUUGUAAAUGCAACGACUGGAAUUGUUCGGUUGAAGGGGGUACCAAACUGUGAAUCCUGAACAAAACAGUUUGGUGAAUACAUGUUUACUCAUUAGCUUCCACUCAGCUGACAACAAUGAAAGUAGCUAUGUGGUUAGCUAGUUAGCUAUAAGCUCGUUGUCAUGGAGAGUAAAAGAUGGAUGUUGUUUAUUUUACUUUCCAGCAUUGUGUCUCACCAACUAGGUAACAACAUAUUGUGAAAUCAACACUCAAAAGACACAAUCCACCACCGCACCGUUGUCUGCUGAGCUGCAAAAAGAUGCUCUGAUGUUUACUUUCAAUCUGCUACAUUACUGAGUGCACUGACAAACUAUAGCUGGCUAACAGCAAACCAACAUCAGUGACAUAGUUGUCAGGGACAGGGUUAACGUUAUAUUAGUUAUAUUGAAAAGGGAAAAUGAUGGAGUCAUUUUUUAUUAACAUUGUGCAUUUCACAAACUAGUUAGCAGCUUACUGAGAAGACACUGCUUAACUCUGCACCGCUUAAUGCACCGCUUAACUCCUCCCUGUCUGCAGAACCACUGUCAGCUCAGCUCUGUAAACAAUGGAGUCAGAGCGCUGGACAAACUAUGCUAUGACACCAAUUCAAGCUUUGUUUUCUGCAUUAUAUGUUCUGAAUUGUUUUUAUUUUUUAUAUCUGUUCAUAUCGGUAAACAUAUACGCCGAUACCGAUAUAUCGGUGAAAGGCUAAUAUCGGCCGACCGAUAAAUCAGUCUGGAAGCUUACUGAUACCAGAAGUGGUCCACAUUCAGUGUUGCUAAUGGCGGUGCCCUAGUUUUGCUGAAAAAUAAGGUGGAUAGGCACACUAAUAUUUGUAAUAAUUACAUAUCUUGUGUCUUGACUAUAUAUUGAGAGUUUAUUUUUUUUAGUUUGGGAAGGGGCCCUGAGCAGGAGAAUUUAGUUACUGUAACUAGACUCAUGACUUUAAAAAUAACACUCAGCUGCUCUGGUUGGCCAUAUGUUCUGUUUUUGUCAUGCAUGUUGACGAAGAUAUACUGCUGACCUCCUCUCCAUUUUUUUGCCCACCAAUGCAUUUAACAUUUUUUUACAGUUAUUUUGCAGCAUAAAAACAUGCACAAUUUUCUUUUUUAUUUUAAAUGUCAGUUGAGAAUGCAUAUAAACAUCAUAUUUUCAUUGGUGCUAUAGCCACCUCAGAGUGGAUCCAGUUCUUCAAAGAUGCUGGGAUCCCCCCUGGACUAGCUGUCAAUUAUGCUGUGUCAUUUGUUGAUAAUAGGAUCCAGAAGAACAUGCUCAUGGACCUCAGUAAGGAAAUAAUGAUGGACUUGGGUAUCACAGUCAUCGGGGACAUCAUAGCCAUUCUCAAACAUGCCAAGCAUGUGUAUAGACAGGAUAUGUGUAAAAUGACAAGUGAGGCUAUUUCUUCUGGGCAGACUAGUGUACAGGCUGAACUGAGACGUACUGCUAACACUCCUGCCACACGCAUGAUUGCCAACGCUUUGAGCCGGGACUCCCCGCCAAGCACACCCGCUCGGCGCCCUGACAACCGAAUAUCAGUGACGGUCUCAAACUCAAGUGCCAAAACAGUGCCCAACCAACCAGCAAAAGAAAACGGGUUACAAGUAAAGCGCCGGAGGGUAACUAAAGAAAUUGAGGGGAAAUACAUCAUAAACAUGCCAAAAGGCACAACAGAUCGUACCCGACGCAUCCUUGAACAGCAGGCCAAGAAAGCCAAGGUUCUAAAGCGUACCUCAGUGUUUGAUAGACUUGGGGCAGAGUCUAAGACAGACACCAUUACAAUUAAUAAGCAGCCAACAGGUGUGUUUAGCCGACUUGGAGAAGCAGAUGAGGAGGUUGGGGGAAAUACCGGAGGUCUCGCUGAUAGUUUUGAGGAUGAUGAAAGUGAUGGUGAGGGGUCAGUGCUGCAGUAUGCAGGCGUCCUAAAACGACCCCCUCCUUCCUCCAAAAAAGAGACUGUAUCCCCCAAAUCUAAACCCCUCACACUACGUCGACUAGGAACUAAGUACAAACACCCCCCAUCUGAAAGUACACCACCUAUCUCUUCUUCAACCUCCUCCAAACAGGAGGGGACAUCCAAACUGGGUGUAUUGCAGAGACUGGGCAAGGCUCCCUCAGUCAACCCUACAUCUCCAACAUCUUUAGUCAGUCAGUCUGCAGAUACCCAGGACAGUCGAGUCACGAGUAGCAGAAGCAAGGCCCAGGGCAGCUUUGCUCUGGCCAGCUCUAAGGUCAGCAGUAGUACAGGUGACUGUCUUGGGGCUCAGAUGGACGUUGGGGCAGUCAGUGUAUUUAAGAGACUGGGUGCCAGAAAACCCUAAUGCAAAGAACUCCUGAAAAGGGCACCCCUUUGUAUCCCACUUUCCCCAUUUUAAAUCCUGUUUACCCACCUGAGCUUCACUCUCAGGGCCCCGCAUUUCUAUAUGAGAAAGUAGAGUGGAGAAGCUCUGUUAUGACUCUGUUGAUUUGGAAAGUGCUGUACCUCAUGCAUGGUUAUGAUUCUGGUAUUAAUGAAAAAAAGGGACAGCUGCAAUAUCAGUUAUUUUGGUGUGGAAUGAAACCCUGAAAGCUGCAUACCCAUUGUCCUCCUAUUUGGUUAUAGGAAUCAGUCUCUAUCCAUCAUUCUGACUUUCAUAGCUACUCUCCAGAGUGAAAUUAUUUUGUCCAGAUUCUAACUUUUUUCUGAAAUGAUAUAAUGCAUGCCACCAAGCAUUGGAUGCCCGACGUGUUGAUUUUCACUAGAGAAGCCAAGAGACCUAAUUGGAAGCAUGUUCUGUGUUUAACACAAACACUUCCGUUUAAAGAUUCUUCCAUAAAUAUGGUCCAGUAUGCUCUUCUUCAACCUUCAUUUGCCUCCCUGUUUUUAUAUGAUUUAUAAUCAAGUCAAAGCCUUUAAAUGGCUUAAAACUGCACAUAAGCGUUACAAUUAAUGCGCCUUGUGACCUCAACUGUUGAAGACACGAAUGGGCAGCAUAUUUAAGAGCCCCUGAUAUCAAAUUUCCUAAUUUGAAAUGCCAUCCAGUGGAGCAUUGCAAUUUUAAGUGUUAUUAGACGAGUAGAGUUUAAAUAAUAUUGGGAGUUUCAUGAUGUUGCCAAGCAACACAUGUGGAGUUGGACCCUUGUGUAUUAAGUUUUUACCCCUUUAUACCAUGCUCAAUACAGCAACCAUUAAUCAUCCUAUUGUAAUGGGAAUUCACCUGUUUUUUUUUUUUAUGUCAUCGUUCCCCUGUUGUUAUAUUAUUAUUAUUUUAAAACAUCUCAGAAGCAGAACUUUGUUGCAUUGUACAGAUUAAAGAAUAAUACCAGAGAGAAAACCUAUAAAUUGGGUAAGUUUAGGAAAUACUGGAGAAGAAUAUUUGUCUUGGGAAUGGAUUGAAUAUAAAAGUUAAAGCCCAAAAGCCUUGCUUUUUUUUUUAUUUUUAUUUUUUUAUAAACACUGGUUCUUAUGGCUUAUUCUUAUUAUAUUCCAUGGGUUUAUUUCAGAAGGGUUUUUGUAACAAAUUUCAUUAUAACCACAAAUUAAUUUACAAAAAGGUGCAUUGCACAAAUGAAAGAAAUGUAUAGUCACAGUUAGCACUACAUACUGUACAUUUGAUUGUGUUUAGGCUGAAAGAAUGUUUUUGAGUGGAGCAGAAAACAAACCGGUCAGUGAGUGCAGAUCUGCCUUCAUUUUAAACAGAUCAUUCUUGUAAGACUUUUUCAUUUAUAAUUAAUUUUAAUGGGAUAGUUCACCUAAAAAUAAAAAGUCUCUUAUUUACUCACCCUCA